UGUUGAAUUAAGGAAAGAUUGAUGAACUCAAUAAAAGGACAAAUUAUAUAAACAUAUAAUAAAUACCUCUAACCUGCAAAUAGGCUAAAAUAUGCUAUUCAUUAAAAUCCAUCCACCAAACUGACAUAGCCCAUUCCAACAUUUAACCGAUCUCCAAUUUUUGUUUCCUCAACUAAAUCAAUCUAAUUUUUUAAGUUUUUUAGUGCUGGGAUUAUAAAUGGAGUCGGUCUCGAGCGAAUCUUUUAAAUGACGAAUAUUAUUUUCAGUAAUCGUGCCAGCAUUCUUGCAAAGAAACUUCACUAUGGAGUAUGGAAAUUAGUGACACCUGCGCAGUGCUCAGGCCAAGGCCUCAGUGGCAAGAUGGCGUCUAAUUGUUGCUAUGGAAUAUUAUGGAAGAUUCAAGGAGAAUCAAAUGGGUGAUCGUUGUAUAGCUGAACUACGAUAUUUAAUUCCUUGAUUUCAAUAUAUAAAUAUGAUGCAAUUAAAUUUAAAUCAAGUUGAUUAUUUACAGGUUGGUGUAACCUCACCAAAAUCUAUGAAACUGCUACCUGCUGGGGCAAAGAGAGCUAUUCAAAAGAUUGCUGUAGCAGAUCAUAGUGGUGUGAUAACAUGUUUUGGUAUGAAGAAAGGAGCUGUACAGAUGGUGUUUAAAACACUUCCAGCUAGUAGUGUAUCACGUCUUGAGUUGGGUGGCAUUAGUGGCCCUUCAAGAGAAAAGAUAUUUGUUGCCUCCGGUGCUGAGGUCAGAGGAUAUAACAAAAAAGGAAAGCAGUUUCUAGGUUUUGAUACAAAUCUAACAGAGAGCAUUCAGUCUAUGUUUGUAAGUGGCCCAGAUUUGCUGCUGUGUGGAAACUACAUUUAUAAUCAUUAUCAAGACUGUAAAGACAAGAACUACUACUUGUGUAGUGAUAAAAUCAGCGAUGUCGUAUCUCUUACGUCUAAAAUAAUUACACCUGUUUUGGCUUGUAACGAUCGGGUGCUGCGAGUUUUGCAGGAUUCGAGUCUGCUUUACGAAAUGGAAGUUGCUGGACCUCCAAUGGUGUUAGCAUUGAAUAACGGGAAUGGUGGGAGAGAUGGAGAUGAGGUUCUUUAUGGUACAUCAGAUGGCAAGAUUGGUCUAGUUCAUUUGGGAAAAUCAUCACCAAGCCACAAGUGGGAAAUACCAAACGAAAAGAGACUUGGAGGUGUUCUUUCGUUAGAAAGCUUUGACAUCACCGCGGAUGGAAUUGCUGAUGUUAUCAUAGGUCGUGAAGAUGGCACUGUUGAGGUGUAUGGUUUUGAUGAGAUGGAGACACCGGUUCAUCGCUUCAAAUAUAGCACCAGUGAAAGUGUGACUUCAAUAUGUGGUGGGUGUGUGGGAACCGCAGGCUAUGAUGAAAUAGUUAUGUCUACGUAUAGCGGUUGGGUUAUGGGACUUACUACGGAACCACAAGAGAAAGAAGCAGGACCUUCUAAAGUUGAUCAGAAAACCACUAUCAGUGAUGAAAACCAGAUUAAAAUAAAUGCAUUGAGAGAACAACUAGACGAACUGCAAGAUAGGGUGUUUAGAGAAAGAGAAAGAUAUCAGCAGACUGCUCAGUCUCACACAGCUGUGUCUGCUUUGCCGCGUUUUUCAGUCAACGACAAAUUCACGCUUAACCGUGACGAUGCCAGUUAUACGCUGAGUAUUGAAGUACAAUUGCCCAUUGAUAAUAUCCUUUUACAGAGUGACGUACCAAUAGAUUUAUUAGAUGUGGACAAAAACUCGGCUGUAGUGAGCUACAGUGCCUGUGAUAUUGAGAGUGGCAAUUUCCUUCUUGCAACUUAUCGCUGUCAAGCAAACACAACAAGAAUUGAACUUAAAAUUCGUUCCAUUGAGGGACAGUAUGGUGUGUUGCAAGCGUACAUAACACCACGUAUUCAGCCUAAGUCAUGUCAAGUCAGACAAUAUAAUAUCAAGCCAUUGUCUCUACAUCAAAGAGUUCAUGUCUUCAAUGAAGAAAAGGCAUUGAAUACUUUAAAGCUGACUGGACAGUUCAGUUUAGCAGAAGUACAUUCCUGGGUGUGCUUUUGUUUACCAGAAGUUCCAGAGAGGACACCAGCUGGUGAUAAUGCCCAAUUUCAUUUCUUAUCAACAUUCUUGGACACGCAACUUGACUGCCAGUACACGAAGGGAGAGGCCAUUUUUCGAUCUGAUAACAUAUCAACUAUAUCCAUUCUUAAAGACGUCCUCACAAAAGAAGCAACGAAGAGAAAGAUUAGCCUUAAUAUUUCAUUCGAUUUGAGCGAAGAGUCUGUUCUUCACACGCUGCAUCUCAUUCAUCCCAAACUUGAAUAUCAACUUCUUCUUGCUAAGAAAGUUCAACUUAUUGACGCCUUGAAGGAACUGGAAAUGCAUGAAAAUGAUAUUAGUUUUCUUGCUCCGGAGUAUAAACAAAUUUUGGAUGAAAGCGAGAAACUACAGGAAGAAUACAAGAAACAACCCUGCCAUUUAGAAAGACUUUACGGAAUGGUCACGGAUUUGUAUAUUGAUAAAUUUAAAUUCAUGGGAAUGAACGUUAAAGGGAAAGUUCCGAAUCUUCUGGAAGUAUUGGACAACUAUGAUCUGGCAAGUUUGGUUGAAUUUUUUGAGUCUUGAAUAGCGAGCCGGUGGGAUUUUUUGAUAAUAAAGUAGGUAAUCGUGAGUGCAUGACCUUGAAUUUAUUGAUUGUAAAUAAUAACUUAUUGUCGUAACUUAUAUAAUAGGUUUGUAGCUAUAACUUCGAUCUUCGUAUUACAACGUGACGAUUGCUGCAUACGACUGUUGUUUGCAACCUUUUUUGCUGAAGGAUCAGUGAAGCAACCUCGUACCCAGGGUCUUUACUCCCCCCACAGUGAAGGUGGUUGCAAGCCAUGUGUCUUUUGCAUGAAGGAAGAAGCUUAAUUUCUCGAUGGGAAAUUUGCUUUUGUAAAGGCUCGUUAGCCUCUCUUGUUGUCGUAGCAAUAAUGAUAGAAUUUGCUAGAUUACUAUCACAGUUAUUGAAUGUCAACCUUGAACCCAGGGUGGUGUCCGGGGGACGACAAAAAUGUUCUGGGUGUUGAAAAUUGGCAUGAUCAUUGGCCUCUGAGUCACAAUGUAUGACAUGGCUUUUUAGCCUGCUGCUUAGUUUCGUUCGUAAAGCCCCUCCUGCAUUUCUUGCGGUACGGUUUUUACUCACGAGUCAUGACGUUGCUCUUUAUGGUUCGCCUUGACCCUUGACGUCAUCUGGUCAGAAUUAUUGCAACGCCAAAAGAGAAUUCGUUUGCUUGUUUUCGGCGUCAUCAUGGGAUGUUUGCCAAAGUAUUUAUACUAUUGGAUUAAAAGCGUCAAGCCUUCAAAAUGUUCCUGUAAUGCUUUCAUCUCGCAAAAAUGAUUAAAACCUAGUCGAGUUAAUGUAAUAUUUUUAAUAGAACAUUCAUUUGGAUCUGCAGAAAUUCUUGAAUUUAGAAUCCUUGAAGGAAAAUUUAAUUGCGUGUCGUUGAAUGUAUUGAGCAAGACAAUCG